CAACCCCCUGCAUAUAAAGAGCGGAACAGUGAGGAGGAGUCCACCCCACCCCGCCCCGCCCCGCCCGGCCCCAAACAAUUGUAGCCAGCGGCGCCGGCGAGCGGCGGCAGCCCCUCCGGCGACCGUCUCCAGCGGUCCUCCCCCCUCCAUUAUAUACAGCCUCCCUGCCGCCUCCAGUCCUGCCCGCCGCCCACCAACCAGCGACCUACCUAGGGUUCCCUUCCCUUCCGUCAGCGGCUAGCUCUCGCCCCUUCUGUUCCUCCAAUUACCCACUCCUGCCGCCGCCGUCCGAUGACCCAAUCAGCGGCCUGCUCCGCCCAGACUCGCCGCGGGUUCCAGCAUUAGCGGCAGCGGCCUGUGCGAUUCCGCCCCCAUUCCGAAAAUCGCGGAGGAGGACCAGAGGGGGAAACAAACAAUGGGGUGCUUCCACUCCACGGCCAGGGCCAGGCGGCGCUACCCGGGCUACGACGACCCCAUGCAGCUCGCCGCCCAGACCGCAUUCAGCGUCAGCGAGGUGGAGGCGCUCUUCGAGCUCUUCAAGACCAUCAGCGGCUCCGUCAUCGACGACGGCUUCAUCAACAAGGUAGUAAGCAGCAGCACACCAAAUCUUCCAUCUUUGUAUGCAUCCCCUGCUCUGCUUGCCAUGUUUUAUUUUCUUACCUUCCCUGGGAAACACAUUAAUCAUAAAUUACAGUGUUGCACAAAAAAACACAACUAGCCCUGUGGUCCGGUCUUUUUUUAGGGUACGAUGGUCCAGUCAUUUUCUAAAGCCCUGUUUAAGGAAGUUGUUGUUUUUGGUCACUGUCGGCCUCAUAACUUUGUAUCAACGACAGGCUGCCGUGUCCUUGUCUCUUUGAUGCAGUUACAAUCUUUCUAAAAAUGAAGACGGCCAUGUGUUCGUUUCCUCAUCUACGUACAGCCAUUUAUAUUUUUAUAUAAUAGUUUGUUAUGGUUUCGUUUUUUUGUAAGCAUCACGUCCGUCUAUAACCAUCAUACAAGCUUGUGGACUGCGCCUAAUGCUUAUCACAUAAGAUUGUCCUGUUUCCACCAGAGAGAGCAGAGUUUUGCGCCACGCUGAAUAUAUUACACUGGGCUUAAUGCCUAUCACAUACAUGCCCUGCUUGCCAUGUUUUUCUUUUGUUGGUAAAACACAUAGUUUAUUUCAAUGUUUGAAAAAUGGACCGGCUCUGUGGUCCGGGCGUUUUCUAAAACCCUGCUUAGGGAAACUGCCGUUUUCUGGUUGGUGCCGGCCUCAUAACUUUGUAACAAAGACAGCCAGGCGUCUCUUUGGUGCAGUUAGAAUCUUUCUAAAUCAAGAGGGUGAUGUGUUUGUUUCCAGAUCAGCAUUCAUUAUUUUUCAAAAGUUUGAUAUGGUCUCCAUUUUUGUAAGCAUCAUGUGCAUCUGUAGCCAUCAUACAAGUGCGUGGACCGCACCUAAUGCUUAUCAAAUAAGAUUUUCCUUUUCGACAGGACAAUUUCACAGCACAGUACAGUCAUUUUCUAAAACCCUGUUUUAGGAAAAUUUAUUCUUUUGGUUGGUGUCAGCCUCAUAAAUUUGUAAGACAGGCUGGCGUGUAUUUUAUGCAGUUUAGAAUAUUUCUAAAUGAAGGGGGUCAGGUGUUCGUUUCCUGAUCUG